AUGGAUCCAUCAACACCUUCUCGAGGCCAGGGCCAUGGCCAAUAUGUUGAGCAAUACCCUGACGAACUCCCACCAUCAUACUACGGUGAUGAAGGCAGCACCAUUUCAUCGCCAACACAAAAUGACGCAGGGGGGGCUUCAGCUACAAUGAGACUGCUACCCAAUGGUUACAACAAUGAAGACAUCGAUAGUGGCAGCGAUCUAGGAACCAACGCUGCCCGCUUUCGCAUGGGACACACAUCAUCCACCCGCAGAACUGCGAACCCAUCGCCUACCAGAUCAACCCCAAAUCGGGUUCCAAUUUUCCGCCCGCGCCAAAAUUCAGUCACCUCCAGCAUCGGGCAUACUCCAUCGAUACCGCCACCUGCCGCAUCGGUUAUAGAUUCACCACAAUAUUCGUCUAGACCAGGCUCUCCGACGCGUCCUUGGACACCAUCUCGAGCAUCGACCCGGCGACGAGCGAACUCAUCUAUCUCAGGAGUGAGCUACGAGCCAGCGGAUCUCAAUGGAAGUCCAAGGCCAGGUAGCCGUAGUUCUGCUUAUGGAGGUAGUCCGCGCAGACCUCUUCCUCCAGCUCCAUUGUUUUCAGGCCCUCCAGCUAGUUCAGGAGAGACAAGCAUAGACAUUGGAGAUGCUCGUUCGGCGGAAGAUCCUUUCGGGGGAGACGGGCAAACUAUCGAUCCUCGACGAUCAUAUGAUUCCUUUAGAAGCGAAUCAACAAUGGUCACCAACGAGAAAGAGGAUAUGGUAAAGGUCGAUCUGGACGAAGUUGCUCAUGACGAAGAAGGAGACGACACUGAAAUGCUUGUCGACCCAAAUAUUCACUACGGACCUGCACCUGAGGGUAAACAAAGCCGUCGUGGCGUACGGUCAGCCCAGAUGUCGAAAAAAGAAGUCCAACUUAUCAAUGGUGAGCUUGUUCUGGAGUGCAAGAUUCCCACCAUCCUUCACAGUUUCUUGCCACGUCGUGACGAACGCGAGUUUACCCACAUGCGGUACACUGCCGUUACCUGCGACCCGGAUGAGUUCAAGGAACGAGGCUACAAGUUGCGCCAGAACAUCGGAAGCACUAUGCGAGAGACCGAGUUGUUUAUUUGUGUCACCAUGUACAACGAGAACGAGGUGCUAUUUACACGAACUAUGCACGGUAUCAUGCGCAAUAUCAGCCACUUUUGCUCUCGAACCAAGUCACGUACUUGGGGCAAAGAUGGUUGGCAGAAGAUUGUUGUUUGUAUCAUUUCCGAUGGUCGUGCUAAAGUCCACAAGAGAACACUCGAUGCUCUAGCAGCUAUGGGUGUCUACCAGGGAGGCAUUGCAAAGAACGUGGUCAACAAGAAAGAAGUGACAGCACACGUGUACGAAUACACAACGCAAGUGUCAUUGGACUCUGACUUGAAAUUUAAGGGUGCCGAGAAAGGUAUUGUACCUUGCCAGGUGAUUUUCUGUUUGAAGGAAAAGAAUCAGAAGAAACUCAACUCUCACCGAUGGUUUUUCAAUGCAUUUGGUCGCAUGUUGGACCCAAAUGUGUGUAUCUUGUUGGAUGUGGGUACUCAACCUGCACCUACUGCGCUCUAUCAUCUUUGGAAGGCGUUUGACCAAGACUCGAAUGUCGCGGGAGCUGCAGGCGAGAUUAUUGCCGGCAAGGGAAAACAUUACCUGGGUCUGCUCAAUCCACUUGUGGCCUCUCAGAACUUUGAGUACAAGAUGUCAAACAUCCUGGAUAAGCCAUUGGAGUCUGUUUUUGGAUAUAUCACUGUGCUUCCAGGUGCUUUGAGUGCGUAUCGAUACUACGCUCUGCAAAACAACGAGGAUGGGCAUGGACCUCUUAGCCAAUACUUCAAAGGUGAGACGUUGCAAGGCAAAGAUGCUGAUGUCUUCACCGCGAAUAUGUACUUGGCCGAGGAUCGUAUUCUUUGUUGGGAGCUAGUGGCAAAGAGGGGGGAGAGAUGGGUGUUGAAGUUUGUCAAGAGUGCCGUGGGUGAGACCGAUGUCCCUGAUUCGCUUCCGGAGUUCAUUUCACAACGUCGUCGUUGGCUUAAUGGUGCCUUCUUUGCGGCCGUGUUUUCCUUAGCCAACAUGCGACAGAUUUGGGAAACAGACCACACAUUGACGAGAAAAGUUCUUUUACAUAUUGAAUUUGUUUAUCAAUUCUUUCAAUUAUUGUUUACAUAUUUUGGAUUGGCCAAUUUCUACUUGGCAUUCUACUUUAUUGCAGGGUCACUUUCCAACCCAGAUAUUGAUCCGUUCGGACAUAACAUUGGCAAAUACAUAUUUUAUGUCCUUCGUUAUGCUUGUGUGCUGCUCAUGGCGUUGCAAUUUAUCCUCUCGAUGGGUAAUCGUCCACAAGGUGCACGGAAAAUGUUCCUGUUCGGCAUGAUUGUGUACAGUAUCAUCAUGCUCUACACAUCGUUCGCAACCAUCUACCUGAUCGUUGAUAAACUGAAAGGCGGUGGACUAUCCCUCGGUAGUAACGAUCUCUCCAACAUUGUUGUUUCGCUCAUGUCGACCCUCGGGUUGUAUAUUUUUACUUCCCUGAUGUACCUUGAUCCUUGGCAUUUGAUUACUUCUUCAGGGGCAUAUUUCCUCUUGUUGCCGAGCUACAUUUGCACGCUUCAAGUAUAUGCUUUCUGUAAUACUCAUGAUGUGAGCUGGGGUACGAAAGGUGACAAUGUCCAUCACAUGGAUCUUGGUGCUGCCAAAGGUCUGGGAGGAUCAAAAGUCGUCAUGGAGAUGCCUACCGAACAACUCGACAUCGACAGCGGAUACGACGAAGCGUUGCGCAACUUGCGAGACCGCAUCGAGGAACCGGAGCCUCCAGUUUCCGAGGGUCAGCUACAGGAAGAUUACUACCGCGCUGUGCGAACAUAUAUGGUUUCGAUCUGGAUGGUUGCCAACGCCCUUCUCGCCAUGAUUGUGUCGGAGGCAUAUGGAACCGAAUCCGGUGCUAACAACAUCUACCUCGCCAUUAUUCUCUGGGCUGUCGCUGCUCUCGCCGCAUUCCGUGCCAUUGGUUCAACCAUAUUCGCCAUCUUGAACCUCAUCCACAAGAUCGCCGAGGGUCGCAUGAAAUUCCAGGCCGGUUCACUGGGUCAAAAGCUGCGUAAAGGUGGCAGAGGUGGUGGCAGUGUCGCUGGCUCGAGUCAAUAUGGCGGUAGUGCCAGUAUCAGAGAUUUGAUCUCGGAAGGUGGCUGGAAUAUUCAACGAAAGGCAAGGAAAUUGAUGUUUUGGCGUAAAUAA